AGAGAGAGAGAGAGAGAGAAGCACACACUUUCUAUGAGCAUGUCAAAGAUCAUUCUCCUCCUCCUCCUCCUGGCACCCCUUCGCAUGGCCGCCGCAAGCCCGGAUUGUGCCCCCGGCCGGGAGCCGGGCAUGGAGGCGUCUUUUGCCUGUAGCCAGAUGUGGCUGUUGAAGGCCGAACAAGAUCUCUGCGUCCGCAUCAUGGCCUGGGGCGGCGUCGACAUGUCCGUGUCGCACAAGGAGGAGGAAACCGGGUACGUGAGCCUUGCUGCGUGGUUCGCCGUGGAAUCCUUUGAAGUCACGCGGAUCGCCGCGAGGAACCAGCUCAACCAUAACACAUCGCUCUCCGGAGAGGAGAGGCGCGCCUACGAGGGGUGCAUGAAGGACUACGCGCUAGCGGGCAGAUCCAUCACCCGCGUCGCCGACGAGAUGCUACCCAGCUGCCGCUUCACGGGCCUCAGCGGCGAGUACAACCGUGCGCUAAAUAGCAUAGUUAGUUGUAUGAAUCGGCUGUCGGCGCUGGCUCGGGUGAACACGCCGUUGUACCCCAUGGUGUUGGCCGACCAGGACAAAGCAGUGCUGGCGUACCAUCUUGCUACUUUGAUUGGUGUAGUGUGAUAGAGCAAACAAUAAAAUAGACAUUGGACACUCC